AAUUUUAUCAAAAUACCAACAAUGAACAUUAAGCCACGACUUUAUGGAGAUGCAAAUCUAAAAAAGAGACCAUCAUACUUUGAAUUUGAAAACAUCGAUAUUCAUUAUGGACAACUUGACAAUUAUGAGAUUGUCAGGAAAAUUGGAAGAGGAAAAUAUGCAGAGGUUUUUGAAGGAAUCAACGUAAAUACACUUCAAAAGGUUGUAAUCAAAGCCUUGAAACCAAUAAGAUAGAAGAAGAUAAAGAGAGAAAUCAAAAUAUUACAAAAUUUGAAUGGACAAAACAAUGUAUUGAAAUUACUUGAUGUUGUGUUCGAUCCAGCCUCGAAGACUACUAGUUUGAUUCUUGAGUUCAUCAACAACACAGAUUACAGAGUGCUGUAUCCUUAGUUGCAGGAUCAGGAUGUUCGCUUUUACAUGUAUGAAAUUUUGAAAGCCCUAGAUCAUUGUCAUAGUAUGGGUAUAAUUCAUAGAGAUAUCAAACCUCAUAACAUAAUGAUUGAUCAUGAAAAGAAGCUAUUGAAAUUGAUUGACUUUGGAUUGGCAGAGUUCUAUUUCCCCAAUAAAAAUUAUAACUGUAGAGUGGCUUCUCGAUAUUUUAAAUCUCCAGAGCUUCUCUUAGACUAUUAAUAUUAUGAUUAUAGUUUAGAUAUUUGGAGUUUGGGAUGCUUAUUUGCUGGAAUCAUAUUCUAACAAGAGCCCUUCUUCCACGGAUAAGACAAUAAUGAUCAAUUGGAUAAAAUUGCAAGAGUGUUGGGCACAGACGAUUUGAUGAAUUAUCUCUAGAAGUACAACAUUUCAUUGGGUCCAAACUUUGAGAAUGUAUUAGGAUAACAUCCUAAAAAACCAUUCAGCAAAUUUGUGAAUGAAGACAAUGAAUAUUUGGCUAAGGCUGAUGCAAUUGAAUUAUUAUAGAGCAUGCUUAUCUAUGAUCAUAAUCUAAGAAUUACAGCCAAAGAAGCAAUGUCGCAUCCUUAUUUCCAAUCAAUCAGAAAGAACUCUAAAAGAUAAUGAUAGUUAGAGUCUUAAAUUAAUAUCAAAUAUAAACACCAUUAUCAUAUAGUAUUUAUUAA